UUCAGAAGGACGCACUGAUGCAGGAAGUGGCCGGCUCCGGUCCGGUUCUGCUCUUGGAGCCGUUCUAUGGAGGCUCCCACAAACAGCUGAUGGAUCUUCUAGUCCAGGACUCGGACUGGACUCUGUGGACACUUCCCAGUCAUAAGUGGCACUGGAGAGCCAGAACCUCAGCCCUAGUCUACAGCCAGACCCUGCCCCGGGACCACCAGUACAGAGUCCUGUUCUGCUCCUCGGUCCUGAAUCUAUGUGAGCUCGUGGCUCUAAGGCCGGAUUUGGCCAGACUAAAGAAAAUCCUGUACUUUCAUGAAAACCAGCUGGUCUACCCCCGACAGAAGCCCCAGCACCGAGACUUCCAGUAUGGCUACAACCAGAUCCUGUCCUGUCUCGUUGCAGAUGAGGUGGUGUUUAACUCUCAGUUUAACCUGGAUUCGUUCGUCGGAUCUCUGAGGUCUUUCCUCAAACAGAUUCCGGAUCCCAGACCUCAGGACCUGGAAUACAGGAUUCGGUCCAAGUCCCGAGUCCUGUUCUUCCCCCUGGACCUGCCCCAAGUUGAGCCAUUUCUUCCUGAACACAAACGACAGAGACGACCUCGAGUCCAGGAUCAGAGCCCCCGACCCGAGACGAGAUCGGAUGCACAGUCAGAACCUGGUCUAGACUCAGAUGGGGGUCCAGAGUGUGCUCCAGACCAGGUCCAGCCUCUGCACAUCGUGUGGCCCCAUAGAUGGGAGCAUGACAAAAACCCGGCGCUGCUCUUCUGGGUCUUGCUAAGACUCAAAGACCGAGGUCUUGAUUUCAGAGUGUCUGUUCUCGGGGAGAGGUUCUCCGAGGAGCCAGAGGUCUUUGCUGAGUCCCGGGACCUUCUAGAGAACCACAUUCUUCACUGGGGCUUCCUCGAGAGCAAAGACCAGUUCUACAAAGUCCUGACCGAGUCCGAUCUGGUCCUGUCCACUGCCAAGCACGAGUUUUACGGGGUCUCCAUGUUGGAGGCGGUUCACUGUGGGUGCUUUCCUCUGGUUCCUGAUGCUUUGGUUUAUCCAGAAAUAUUCCCAGACCAAUACAGGUACAGGACUCCAGAUCAGCUCUGCAAAAAACUCAUGCGAUUCUGUAAAAGACCUGAUCUCGUUCGGACCCACACUGUUCAGGUGGACAUGUCUCGGUUUUCCUGGACGACUCUAAAGCCUCAGUUUUUGGACUUGCUGUCACAAACAGGAGGAACAUAACUCUAGAGGUGGAGAAACCGUGACUCUCACUGACGGAGCGGCUCCAGGAAAGACUGUAACUUUACCCGUUAUAAUUAUUGUAAUUAAUUUGCUGAUGUUUGAGUGGGACUCCUCGGGUCCUCGGCUCCUGUCGGACUCUGCAACAGGCGCUGAGUGAAAUGCCUCGAUAACCUGCAUUUAAGUCCGUUAGAAAACAGAUGAACACAAGCGGAUUCGUGUCUAGGUUAAUAUUUUAUUAAAGUUUCAGGUACAAUGUUUCAGGAAAUGGGCCAAAAACAGUGACAGGAGUUAAAGGAGAAACUGCAGCACAUGGUGGUCAUUUUGUGUCAAACAUAUUUACAACAACUGUAUGUAUAUUUUAUUUUAAAUCUCAUAAACGUGACCUGUGACCCUAAAAUAAAAGUGUUUUCUUAUAAUUGUGUUUGUCACAGGGACGUGCGGUCAGGGGAGGCAGGGGAGGCAGAGCCUCACCUGUCAUCAUGACAAGUAAAAAAAAUAAAUAAUUAUAACAUC